ACAUCAGAGUGAAAUAUUGCAUUAAAAGAAGAAAAAGAUGUUUUCAGAGUCGGCGGUUGUGUUACUGGAAGACACAGAUGAGCUGGCUCGGGUCAGUGAACGUCUCACUGAGGAGAUACAGCAUUCACAGUGGCCAAUCUAAGAGGCUCAGCUCAGUGUGUGAAUGACGCUAUCCUUGGGAUCACAGAAACACCAUUAUCAGUUCACACUGACAUCACUCAGCCCUCCACAACAGCCACGCACCCCCCACCCACCCACCCACACACAUACACACACACACCAAUGCCCGCCUUCUGCAGCACAGUCAUUGUGUUCAUCGGUUAACCCAUUGUCUGUGUGAGGGCACGGCGGACAAUGUCGCCAAUCUCUGUCCAAACCAUGAUCCAACACUGCCAUUGUGCCCCGUCUUUUUCCCACUUAACCAGACAAGAUGGUGUUCCCGUGUGAUGAGAGGGGAGUUGCAGGGGGGGUCCACUGUUCUGCCUGGCACUGGGGUAGAGAAUGUGAGGAGGGCACAGAAUAUCGAUCUGUGACACCACUACAGUCACUGUGGUGAUGAAAGCUUGGUGAGCAGACAUGUGGACGAGCUACGUACACAAAAUCCUGUUGACUUUAACACUGUGGGAGUCCCUGCUUAUGUACUGUUGGGUGUGCCUUCAGCUAGAAAUGAGGAUACUCCUAUCAUCUACACCAACAAGAGUUUGAUCCCUGAAACAAACUCACAAUUUGAUCAUAUUUUUGAAGCUGGAUGAUAUUUUACUGAAGGCGGACAUCAUCUCUUCUACAGAGUGAAACAACACCAAACAGCUGUGGGACCUUCCAAACUAACUCCUGUAAUGACCCUUUGACUGAGGUUGUUUGAUGGGAUGGAUGGACAACAACGCAUCACUCAUUUAACAAAAAGUCAUUCUGGUUUUGUGCUGCCUGACGUGCCAUGACUGAGAUGCAGAUCUCCCACCACACUGUGCGUCAGACCCCAAGCCUCUAUCUAGAGCCCACCUUGAUGCAAAGACGCAUCCUGGAUGACCAGGUGGAGCUGUGGUGGUUCAAGGAGCCACGUCGCUCCUUGCUGUGUUACUGUGCCUCGGUGGCUCUCAUACUGGGGCUGGGCCUCGGCGGCGUGGGCCUCCUCUCUACCACCACAAGCCUGUCCGGGGAGUGGCGACUUGGGGUGGGCACCACCCUCUGCCUCUUAUCCCUCGCUGUCCUGCUCAAGCAGCUCCUCAGUUCUGCCAUCCAGGACAUGAACUGUGUGCGCAGCCGGCGCCGGAUUGACCAGCUGAAGAGCGGCGGGAGGGCUGACCCAGCACUGAUUCUUGCUGUGGGGUUGGCAGUGGUGCUCUGUGGGACGGUGCUGCUCUGUGUGGCCACAAUCGGCAGCAGAGGUCAUGACAGCAGGGAAAUGUUGGUGUCUGGGCUGGUGCUGAUGGCUGCUGGGACUGGCAUGACUCUAGCUGUAGUGGGCUACAGUGUACUGGUCUACCUUAAAAGGCAAAGGGAGCAGAGGAGGAGGAGGAUGAUGAGAAUGAGCAGAGCGAGGAGGCUGGGGAGCCGAGCUGUCCGGGUGUUCAGUGUCUCAGGAGGACAGAUGAGCCAGGCCAGGAGAGAGACGUCCUCCAGCAGGACCAGCUUGAUCUGAACGAGCUAAAUGGGCAAAAACACUCUCAGAAAAAGGCUGAAAGAAACUAUGAGAGGAAGAUUACAUGAAACUUGUCAAGUAGAUAUACGUAUUAAAGGAGGUAACGGAAGAGGAAUUCAGGAGAGCAUGUGCAUUACUGUCAGUACCCCAUUUAAGACAUCACAGGUCUCUUUUUCCAGUCCUUUUGUUGCCAUUAUCAUAAAACUGAUGACUACUGAGCAUCCUCAAAAGAGCACCUGAACAUAAUUUGCACCAGAGCAACAAACUGUUGUCAACAAUGGCUCAAUAAGUACGCAUUUUCUCCAUUUUUACUCUCUGAACGCACUAUUUUUAAUACAACUGAAUAAUUAUGGUUGACAGUAAACUCAAUUUGUUUUCACAUCAAAUCAGAACA